CUAGAUUAACGGGAAUCACCCAAUCACCCGAUGACCCAAUGUUCACAAAAACAAAAAUUUGGGACGAGAAGAUUCGAAGUAUCAUCAUUCUAGAUUCAUUCGUAUCCCAACUUCUCGUACUUGUUAGUUUCGUCAGAAGCCAGAAUCGUACUGGCACGUGAGUACUUGUACGUACGGUACGAUACUUGGGUACCAUACGAGCAACAUGUUUUGUAGCGGUACGUACACAUCUUAAAUUAAACGAAUACGAAAACGUCGCAUACAGUAAUAGGUAACGUACGUACUCGUAUUACAAUGAGGCCGUAGUACUGUAUCGAAAAAUAACAAAUACAUGAACGUGAUGAAGAAAAAUAAGUUUGAAAUUGAGAAGCCAACGCGCCAAUCGACAAUCGCAAACAGAAAAGCUCACAACGUUUGCAUUGAUAUUUUCCAAUUUUCUCUCUUCGAUGUCAAAUGAAUGACAGCGCAUUCAUACGUUACGAACUUCGGAAGGUUGACAAACUSCGACUAUCCUUUUGUUCGUCACUAAACUUCGUCCGGGACACUCAAGAAGGAACUUCUUGUAGUAGCCGAUUGCUUCAUUUCAAGUUUUGAUUUUGAUUUAAGUUGUCAUGGUGGAUUUCGGGAAGAAGUUGUUGACCUCACGGGUCGAGAAGUGGAAGGAAAAUUACAUUGACUAUGCUGCACUGAAAGCUCUUAUUAAAAAAGCUGUCAAAACGAAGCAUCAGAAGCAGCUGGAGCAACGCCAUGACGCCGACGAUAACACUUUGAUUAAGAAUCUGACAACGAGAAUGAUUUCUCCAAUGCGUCGCGGAGUAAAGAGCAGCACCAGCAUCUUAGUGAGCGAUGCCAUGCCAGAUAGAUGCAGUUCUGAACUAGAAUUCCGGCGCUUGCUUGACCACGAAAUCCAAAAAAUCGUCCUCUUUGUGAUGACUCGAGAAGGUCAACUUGCCGAGCGUUUGUUCGAAUUGUCCAAGGAUGGGCAGGUGUUGAAGAAAAGAUUUAUGCUGUUGAUGCAGGAAGUGAGUCGCAAUCUGACGAAUAGAACCCAUACAAUACCGAGCUUGGAAGAUGGCAAAGCAAAAACGUGGAGUCAUCUCGAGUGUUCCACAGAACGGCAUCGCGAUUUUGCUCAAGAUUUAUUGCUACUGGUAAAUUUCAUGGAUAUGAAUUUGACAGGACUCAGGAAGAUAUUGAAAAAACACGACAAGAACUUUCCUCGCCACCAACUAAGCGGGCUGUAUCUACAGUCCAAUAGCGUUGGCCAUGGAGAUGAUCGCGACGUGGACAGUGAAAUAGUAAAAGAUUCUCACCUGGAUAAGCUCUAUCAUUUCGGUGGUUUGUCGGCACUUACCCUGACACUUCGUAGGGCAUUUGACGAUUUGCAUCUGCUCGAGCUGCAUUUGUUGACGUUGAGUGAUGACUCAAAAAAACCUGAUGGGCAGCCAAAUCAUAGGAGAAAUGUUUCAACGCCUGUGAUCCCCUCUACGUAUAGGUCUAUGGACGUGGACAUCAACGCUACUUUAAGACCCGCGCAACACAACCGCAAGCUCUCGUUAGGGCAAGCUCACUCAUUUUCAUCUCAGAGUUUAUCGUCUUUUUCGGACAAUUAUUCAUUGCCAUCCACUUCCAUUACAUCUCAGCGAGAACCGAUACUGGACCAAAUCAAUGCCGCAAGAGGCCGACUCCGACAAACAACCAAAUAUGCGGAAUUAGUUGCAGCACAGGCCUUGAUAUUUUCCGACGACAAGGAUCAAGAUGGAUCAGAUGAUGGCAAGACUCCUGCGUCAGAAUUUACGGCCGUUCGGAGGUUGAGUUCGAUGCUAAACUUGGUUUCUACUUUCUUGUACAUGACGAAUUAUUACAUUGUUGCACCGAGUGUCGGUAACUAUGCCUUGCGGUUGGGUUCCGAUGAAUCCAUGUCGGGAUACGUACGUAUUGAAAAGCCAGUGUAUUGAUAAACGAUAAAAAUUCUCCAACGCCCCGGUACAAUCUCAUUUGCUUUGAAUGUUCCUAUUCUUUCAGAUAAUUGGGAUGACACCAAAUGCUGCUCUCAUUGCAACUGUGUUGUAUGGAUUUUGGUCAAAUUAUUCCUACCGAUAUUCCUUGAUAUUUGCAGCCAUCUCCUCUCUUUGUGGUAACAUACUGUAUGCACUUGCAUUGAAAUACAAUUCGAUCAAGAUGGUAUUAUUGGGUCGUUUUUUAGUCGGUUUUGGUAGCGCAAGAUCGAUCAACCGACGGUAUAUUGCUGAUGUUUUUAGCAAAUCAGACCGGACGGCUGCCUCUGCUGAUUUCGUUUCGUAUGCGGCCCUUGGAAUGGCUGCUGGACCGGCAGCUGCAUUUGGUGUAGGUCACCUCACGUUCGAUCCUUCUCAUCUCUUAUGGUCGGACGUAAAUGCAUGUUCUUGGAUCAUGGUGGGGGCGUGGGGAAUAUUCGUUGUAGCAUUAGUUGCUUUGUUCGAGGAACCUGAUCGAUCUCACCUUUAUGGUAGUCCAGAAGUGGAUUCACAAUCAAGGUUGAUUGAAAAAAUGGAAGUGAUCUUGAAUAAUACGAACUCAAUUGGAAGAAUGAAAGGCAACGAAGGAGGCGAAAAUGAACCUCUAUUAACAAGAAAAAAGAGGGAUAUAGAAAAUAACAAGAGCGACCAAAGCAUUAGAUCGGGGAGUCUCGAUAAGGAGCCCCCUUUGUGGAAGAAUGUCGCAGUUAUGAUAUCCUUGUGGAUGUAUUUUGUUUUGAAAUUGGUAUUGGAAAUGCUUAUGUCAUCGACCAGUACUGUCACAAAGUAUUACUUUAGCUGGGAUUCAAAGCAAUCUGGUCUUUUUAUGGCCUGUGUCGCUUUGCUGAUGUAAGUGCGUUGAGUCUUUGUAUGAUUCUUCCUUAGGUCCUCGCUGMCGUUUCUUGUGAUGGUUUCUAAAUGAUUUCCUGUUAUCGGUUAUUUGAUUCUUUCCAGGUUCCCCGUAAACUUUGUGGUUGCCAAGCUCAGUCAGAAAUAUGAGGAUAGAGAACUGAUUGUUGCGAUAUUGAUUGUCAUGAUCGUUAGUGUCCUUGGUAUUAUCGAUUUUCAUCCUGAUUCAUACUCAGUUUCUCAGUAUAUCCUUUUUGGAGUGGGGAUUUUCCUCAGUACAAAUGGUUUAGAAGGAAUUAACAUGUCGCUGUUAAGCAAGACAAUUCCAACAUCUUGGGCGAAAGGCACUUUCAACAGUGGGUUUUUGGCAACAGAAGCCGGAACUCUGGCUCGAUCUGCGGGAGACGUGCUUAUAAGUGCUGUUGCUGGAACUUUUGGACUCGAUAUGAUCCUUGAUGGCUUGUUUGCACCAAUGGCUCUGCUUUGUGCAGUCACGCUGGCAAUGGUUUACUUCUGUUACGACAAACUCACCGACAUGGACGAAGAUGAAGAUGAUGAGACACCGAAUACGGAGUCAAGCGAUACAAGUGGGUAACGRAAUCGUAGACGCCAUAUUUUAGUGCAAAUAAUUCAAGUAUUAGUUG